GGUCUAGUGGUUUUCCCUACUUUCUUCAGUUUAAGCCUGAAUUUGGCAAUAGGAGUUCAUGAUCCUUAUGGAUGUAGUGAGAGAUGAUGCUAAACAUACUGCAAUGCACAGGACAACAAAGUUAUCUGGUCUCAAAUGUCAGUCGUGGCAGAGUUGAGAAACCCUGCCUAUCCCAACCACAAGCUCCUUGCUCCUCCCUUCCAGCUGACCAUGCCCUUUACUUCACUGAGGAAGCAGAGGUGAACUGGCAUCAAUGUCCUCAGAUUUCUGGCCUUCUCAUAAUGUGUCCUGAGCUGUAAAAUAGGGAUCUUAUUAGUGCCUGUCUCAUAGGACCAUUAUGAUGACUCUACUGUCUCUCACCUGUUACCGUAACAGUCUUAUAACCAGCCUUCCUGCCCUUAUCUCUCACCUGUUACUGUAACAGACUUAUAACCAAUCUUCCUGCCCUUACCUCUCAGCAUCACUUCUUCCACACUGCCAUCAUAUGGCAUUUCUGAAAGUACAUCUCAUUAGUUCAUAGCCCUCCUCUUCAGGGGUGGACAAUGUUGGUGGGAAAAGUGUAAACCUCUUAGUAUGGUAUUGAAGGUUUCCUGAUUUCCUGAAAGGUGUUGUGUUUGGUGGGACAGUUCUCCAACUUGCAGAUAUGCAGGGAUCCAGGUUCUUUCUCUCUUGUGACUAUGUUCUGUUCAAGGGUCUCAUCAUCAUCUGCAUUUAGCUGGUGAAAGGAAUGAGCGUGGGGGAAGACAUGUGAGAGGAUUUUAUUGGCUAGGCCUAGAAGUGCACACAUUACUUUCACUUGGAUUUUGUUGGAGAGAUCUUGGUCACAGGACCAUGCUUAACUGCAAGGGAGACUGGGAAGUGUAAUCUAGCCAUGUGUCCAAAGAAGGCAGUGAGGAAUUUUGGCGGAUGGCUGGUGAUCUUUGCUACAUUUCUCACACCUUUGUUUCUUUGUUUGCUCACCUUUUGCUAUUCAUUUUAAAAAUAUUUGAGUCCCUUCUAUCUCUGUCCCUUCUUCAGAGCACUCACCUCUUUGUUACCCUCUGAUGCUUGAUCAUUUUCUACCAUUGUGAUUUUGGUGUCUUCCCUAUUAGCCUGUAAGCUUCUGGAGCACUGGGAUUAUUGCUGACUCAUUUCUGUUUCUCAAGCGUUUAGUUCCUUACAUAUUUAUUGAGUGAAUGAAUACAUGCAUGGCUGUUGAGUAGAAGAGUAGUCAAUUGCUAAAGUUCUUUAAAAUUCCAGUACUCAAAGAUUCUAUGUUUUCAGUGUUAGAAAUUUUGCUCUAAAAAUAAGGCACUGGUAAUUUGUGGCAGAUUGAUUUACAUGUGAUAAAUAUAUAAAUAUUUAAAUGCUGUAAUUUAUCUACCUUGUGUGAAUGUAUCUCUAAUAUCAUUUUUUCUUUCUUGUAGAUAAUUUUAAAAUCUGUGGUUGAUAAUGAGCAUAAUCUGCUGGACCUUGACACAUUUAUGCAGUAUAUAAAAGAUAAUGAGAUAAACAUGAAAUUGACUUUUAAGAGUUUGGACACAAAUAAUGAUGGAGUGAUUGAUCCUUCAGAAAUUAUCAAUAGUCUCAACUUAAUAGGUAUACAUAUUUCUGAAAAAGAGGCAUUGAAGAUUCUUGAAAGCAUGGAUGCUGAUGGAUCACUGACAGUAGAUUGGGAUGAGUGGAGGAAGUAUUUUUUAUUUAAACCUGCAAGAAAUAUGGAGGAAAUUGCCCAUUACUGGAGCCAUUUUACCGGAAUUGACAUGGGAGAUAGAUGGACUUUUCAUAAUUUAGUUGAUGAAAAGAGAAAAUCUGGCCGUCUAUGGAAAUAUCUGUUGGCUGGAGGCAUAGCGGGUACGUGUGCUCGAACAUGUACAGCGCCAUUAGAGCGUCUGAAAACCCUCAUGCAGGCUCAGAGUUUAGAAACGAAGAAUGUGAAGAUAAUGAGCCAUUUAAUAGAGAUGAUGAAAGAGGGCGGAGUCAUUUCUUUGUGGAGAGGAAAUGGUACGAAUGUUCUCAAGCUUGCUCCUGAAAUAGCUGUUAAGAUCUGGUCUUAUGAACAGUAUAAGGAGUAUCUUUCUUCUGAAGAAGGCAGUUUAGGAACACUUGAGAAAUUUGCUUCUGCUUCUUUGGCUGGUGCCACUUCUCAGUCUUUCAUUUACCCCUUAGAGGUUUUAAAAACUAAUUUGGCUGUAAGUAAAACUGGACAGUACUCUGGGCUAUUGGACUGUGCCAGGAAGAUCUGGAAGCUUGAAAAGAUUACAGGCUUUUACAAAGGCUACAUUCCUAGUCUUCUGACUGUCAUACCGUAUGCGGGUGUAGAUAUCACUCUCUAUGAGCUUUUGAAGACUCACUGGCUAAACACUCAUGCAGAAGACCCUGGAUUGGUGAUUUUGAUGGGAUGUUGUGCCUUCUCUAACUUUUGUGGUCAGUUUGUCAGCUACCCACUGAAUCUAGUGAGAACUCGCAUGCAGGUUCAAGGAGUUCCACAGCUAAAUAUGAUUAGCGUCUUUUAUAAAAUUUAUAAAAGACAAGGAGUGACAGGAUUUUUCAGAGGCAUGACUCCAACUUUCUUAAAGUUGUUUCCUUCAGUUUGCAUAAGCCGUAUGGUUUACGAAUCAGUAAAACCACUCUUGGGAAUAGCAUAAAAAUGAAGUCCUGAACUAUCAUUUGAUGUACAUUUAUAAGCAUGAACAUGUCUUUACUUUCUCAUUAAACUUCAAGAGAUCUGUAUUAAAAUAUGAUGUAUCUAUUUUCCAAAAAGAUAAACAUAUAAACUAGACUUAAAUAUUAAAUUUUAA